GGAAAUGACACUCAGAGAUCCUCAGAUCCUCAGACAAUCAACAUGAACUCCAAGAUCCUUCUUGUUGUACUCGGCUUGGCCGCCCUUGCCUACGCCCGCCCUGGGUCCUCCGAGGAGAGGUCCUUCGAAUCCUUCGAAUCCGGCGAGGCCAAGUACGACUUCAACUGGGCCGUGAGAGACGAGUCCUCCGAGAACGACUUCGGACACCAGGAGGCCCGCGACGGAGACAACACCCAGGGAUCCUACUACGUCCGCCUUCCCGACGGCCGCCUCCAGACCGUCAAGUACUUCGUCGACGGAGACUCCGGAUACGUGGCUGAGGUCAACUACGACGGUGAGGCUCGAUUCCCCGACUCAGCCUCCUACGAGUCCAACGAAUCCAAAUAAGCGAUGACACUCUGCAGUCUUCUCGAUUUUGCUAAAUUAUUUCGACAAUUAUUUAUGGAUCAAUGUGAAUAAACGAAAAGAUAGAACAUAA